CAGACGGGAGGGGACAGCAGAGCCGGGCUCCCGCCGAGUCGCGCCGCCACCUCCGCCGCCACUUCUUGCUCGCUCCCUCGCCCGCCGUGGCAGCACCGACGGCGGCGGCUCCCCCCUUCCCGCCCAGCCCCGCGCACCAUGGCCCCCGCAGCCCCCCGCCUGGUCCUCGGCCUCCUGGUGCUGAGUUUGUGCUGUGAAGCUUGCAAGAAAGUAAUUUUUCAUGUUCCUUCUGAACUAGAGGCUGACACGUUAGUUGGCAGAGUUGAUUUGAAAGAAUGCCUUCAGUCUGCAGAGUUUAUCAGUUCCAGUGAUGGGAAUUUCAAGGUUCUAGAGGAUGGUUCUGUGUAUACAACAUCUGCUCUUUCUUUGUCUGCUGAGAAAAAGACUUUUACCAUAUUACUUAAGGAUAUUCAAGAACAAGUUCAAAAGAAAAUACAUGUUGACUUGGUGGAAGAAGAAAAAAAGACACCGAAUACCAGGCAUGCUAGGGAUACAGUUCUCAAGAGAACCAAAAGAAGGUGGGGGCCUAUUCCGUCUGUCAUGAUAGAGAACUCACUGGGACCUUUCCCACUGCAAAUACAGCAGGUCCAAUCAGACACAGCUCAGAACUACACAAUUUAUUAUUCUGCAAGUGGACCAGGAAUUGAUCAAGAUCCAAAGGGUUUGUUUUACAUAGAAAGAGAAACUGGAAAUAUCUUUGCUACUCGUGCGGUAGACCGUGAACAGUAUCCAAGUUUUCAGAUCAUUUGCUUUGCAACCACUCCAGAUGGUUAUUCACCAGAAGUACCACUUGUGCAUACAAUUAGGAUAGAGGAUGACAAUGAUAAUGCUCCGUAUUUUACACAAGACCUUUUUGAAUUUUGUGUCCCUGAAAAUUCCAGACCUGGUGUUGUUGUUGGGAAAGUGAUUGCAGAGGACAGAGAUGAGCCUUAUACUCUGCAUACCACGUUGAAAUAUCGCAUUGUGUCACAAACCCCACCGAUUACCCCAGCGUUUUCUUUACAUGGUGACACUGGUGUCAUCUCUGUAUUACUGCCACAGCUGGAUAGAGAGCUUGUACCCAGUUACACUUUGUUAGUUGAAGUGAGAGAUAUGGCAGGUCAGCCUUUUGGUUUGUGCACUACAGGAACAGUUGUCGUCAAAAUCGAGGAUACGAAUGACAAUGCACCAUCCUUUAAACAGUUACAAUAUGAAACACGAGUGGAAGAAAACAGAGUGAAUGUAGAAAUACUGAGAGUCUCUGUUGUUGAUCUUGAUGAACCUGGUUCACCUGGCUCAAGAGCAGUAUAUGAAAUUAUAAGAGGAAAUGAUGAUCAGGCCUUUGAAAUUACAACAGACAAAAACACAAAUGAAGGAAUACUGUGUGUUGUUAAGGGACUGGACUAUGAAACUGCCAAGCAAAGGAUCCUGGUGAUUGGAGUCAACAAUGAGGCACCCUACCUGCUGGCUCCCCAUUCCCAACAACUUUCCCAGAGCACCAGCUCUGUUACAGUGCAUGUCCUGGAUGUGGAUGAGGGACCGGUGUUUAAACCCUGUCUGCUGCGCUUAGACGUUAAAGAAUGUGAAGAUAUUGGGACGGCUAUUGGGAGAUAUGUAGCAGAAGAUCCAGAAACUGGAAAUAGUGAGGGCAUAAGAUACCGGAUACCACCUGGCCAGUGUAAUUGGAUCAACAUAGAUGACAGAUCAGGUGAAGUCAGAACUGUUAGGAUCUUGGACCGAGACUUAGGAGAAAUGAGACGAGGUCAAUGCAAUGUCACAGUCCUUGCAAUAGACAGAAAUGGUAAAACAGGCACUGGAACAAUUCAGGUUUGCAUCGUGCCUGGCAACAAGAAUUUCCCCCGAAUCACUCAGACAGACUAUAUCAUGUGCAGAGACAGAAAACCGAUUUGCCUCACGGCACAGGAUGGCGAUGAGGCUCCUUACAGCGCACCCUUUGAGUAUCGCAUAACCGACCGCAGACUGGCGUCCAUGUGGAAGCUAACUCCACACGACGAUAAUUCUUGGUAUCUUUCACCAAAGAGUGAUACUCCAUAUGGAAUUUAUGACAUUCCUGUAAGUGUGAUUGACAAUGGAGGAAAGAUAGGAGAGAACACAGUAAGAGUUAAUCUCUGUGAUUGUGUUACUCCAACUGAAUGCGAUGGCAGAACUCGUCAGCUUUCUGGUGGAAAUGUUACCCUUGGUCUCUGGGCCAUCCUUGCAAUGAUCUUAGGAUCAUUAUUAUUGCUGCUAAUCCUGAUCACAAUUUGUGGCUGCUGUGGUGCUGGGGUAAUGCACAGGCAGGUGACUGAUGAUUGUGCCAAUCACAAUUUAAUAAUUUCAAACACAGAAGCUCCAGGAGAAGAAGUGAUGGAUCACAAUAUAAUUCCUCUACAAAAUACUUGUGAUCAAGGAGGGUAUGGAGUAAAAACAGGAGAGCAGCAAACAUUUGAAAUGGUGAAAGGAAGAGGGCAUACCUUGGAAUCAGUCAAGGGAGGUGGACAUCAGACUCUGGGAUCAGUUAAAGAAGGAGGAGGACAGACUAUGAUGGAUACUUGUAGAUACUCCUACUCAGAGUGGCAUAAUUUCACACAUCCUCGUUUAGGCGAAAAGGUGCACCUUUGCAGACAGGAUGAAGAACAGAAGCAUUCUGAAGAUUAUCUCCUUUCAUAUAACUAUGAAGGAAAAGGAUCCUUGGCUGGCUCUGUAGGCUGCUGCAGUGACCAGCAUGAAGAAGAGGCACUUGACUUCUUAGAUCAGUUGGAACCCAAGUUUAGGACAUUAGCAGAAACAUGCAUCAAAAGAUAAAUGUGCCUUUCAGGGUGCUGAAAAAAAACCUGUAAAUAAGUGGCUGUCAGACUUUUGUGAUACUAGGUACUUUGGAAUUGAGAGGGGUGGAGGUUUGUCGAAAUUAAGAUAGACUGGUAAGAGUGUAAAUAACUCUUGCUUUAAAUUUACAUUUUCUUACACUGGACACAUUCUAUCAGAACAAAGGGAUUCAAAGUAUUUUUUCUUUAGGUUAAUAUAGUAAUUCUAGUUUCUACUUAGAUUACGUUUUGCAUUCUUUUUGAUUGCUCACAAUGCAAAACUUGGUGUUCUUUUAAUUAAUUAUCCAGCUUCA